GAUGGGAUUGUUUUCUUUGGCAGAGACAGUUUCUGUUUAUUGUGCAGGAUUCGAUGCUCAAGCAAACAUUUUAAUUAUGGAUUCGAUAUUUUUAUUGAAUUCGGGACUACAGACCGACGUAAAAUUGGAGGAAAAAAUUCUAGAUAAAUCCAUAGAAGACUAUGGAUCUGUGUGGACACGUCCUGACUCUCCCACUAUCGACUGGACAUCGGAGUGUGGUCGUAUUCUGAUAUCAACCGAAGGAAAAUAUACCGUUGCUUGCAAUAGCUGCAGUGAUCGCUUUAAUAGUGUAGGGUCCUUCGGGAAUCAUUUGAAAACUGUCCACCCGGACUAUGGCGAAGAGGAGGAGGUCCUACCCGAAAACGAUGAAAUUCGAUGUAAAGGAGCUGAUACAACAGAUGGGAUCGUGACCGCUACAUCGCAGAUACAGCAGAAUCGAAGAAACACGAAACUUGCACGUUACAAAAACUGUUCGAAUACUCCAAAGAAACCAACUGUGAUAAUUUCGGCCGAGCCUUUUUAUGACGAGAAAAGACUCUUUUGUGUUACAUGCGAUCGUCAGUUAGCUUCAAGACAGGCCUUCACGCGACAUAAGAGGUAUCAUAAGGACCAAUUCCCAAAACAGGGAAUGACCUAUUUGAAUCAUGACGACGAGGAAGAUACGUCAAAUGAAACUACAGUCAAGGAUGAACUUGAUAUUGGCGACUAUGAAUUCCAGGAUUCAGUAUACGAUGCCGAAAGCGUUGAGAAAAUUGACGGCAACGAACUCAUGCAUAGAGAAGAUCCAAUUCGCUGUUUACACUGUCUUAAAACCUUUUCAACCAAAUCAAAUCUUAAACGCCAUAUUCAAAGCUUAAAGGCGGAAGACAAACCGCAAUUUUAUCGGACCGUAUUCACAUUGGAGCCCAAGUAUGACGAGAAAAAACAUUUUUGUAUAUCAUGCAAUGUUCAAAUGAAUUCGCAGGAAACAUUCAUACAUCAUAAGAAGGAGCAUAAAUCGGUUAUUCGAAGAUGGAAGACCCGCAACGGCUUGAGAUUGCCUGGAAAAAAUCUCAAACCUGUGUUUUCUGAAAACCCCGAUUUUGACGACGAGAACAACUUUUGCAUCACGUGCAAUCGUGAAUUUGUCUCGAAGGGCAGAUUUCUGAAACAUAAAUUGUUACAUAUGAAGGACUCAACUAAUCCAAAACUUCCGACAUUUUUUUGUGAAUUAUGUCCUGGAAAAUUUAUGUCAGAUUUUGGAUUAAGAGAUCAUAUCGUGGCGAACCAUGGAGAUGAGAUUCCAAAGUCUCUACAAAACGAUCCAACGUACCUGGAAUGUCGAUUUUGUUUUAAGGAAUUUGCAAAACCAACGGAACGUUACCAACAUGAGGAGAGCCACAUUAAAGAGCGAAAGAAAUAUCGGUGUCCUUUAUGCCCAAAAUCAUUCGCCACAAAUUCAGAACGCAUAGCUCAUGAAUCUGUUCACAGAGAAGAUCAGCCCUAUCGUUGUGAGCAAUGUCCUCAAUCAUUCAGAUUUAAAACAAAUUUUAACCGUCACGUUAAGGAUGUUCAUUUUGGCAUAAAAUCGACCAAUGUUGCACUUGUUAAGGCAGAGGGUGCUGCCAAAAAUGAGAAAAUGGGACGAGUCAAAACUGUGUUUUCUGUGAACCCCAAUUUCGACGAUGAGAAAAAUUUUUGUAUCACAUGCAAUCGGGAGUUUAGCUCGAAGUCUAGUUUUAAUACCCAUAAAUUUCUGCAUAGGAGAAUGAUCCGGAUAAAACAAGCCAGAUUCAAAGAGCCAACAGAACGUGAUAUACAUAAAAAGGAUCGGUCUGCUGCAGAGGGUCAUGACCAAUCUAAUCGUCCGCUUGAAUCUCCGAGCUCUCCACAAGAGGAUCCAUUUGUAGACCGCAAAAUUCACGACGGUAUAAAACCGGCAAAUGACGAGGACACUAUCAAAACUGAGAAAAUGAGACGAACCCAAAUGGUUGUGUUUUCCGAAAAUCCGAAAUUCGAUGACGAGAAAAACUUUUGCAUCACAUGCAAUCGUGAAUUCGCCUUGAGGGCCACCUUCAAUAAACAUAAAUUAUUACAUAAGAAUUUAAUUAAUCCAAAACAUCCGACAUAUUUGUGUGAAUUGUGUCCUGGAAAAUUUAUCUCAGAUUUUGGAUUAAGAGAUCACAUUGUGGUGAACCAUGGAGAUGAGAUUCCAAAGUCUCUACAAAAUGACCCAACGUACCUAAAGUGCCGAUUUUGUCAUAAGCAAUUUCCUAAGCCUACAGAACGUUACGAACAUGAGGAGAGCCACGCUAAAGAGCAAAGGCCAUAUCGUUGUCCGUUAUGUCCAAAAUCUUUCGCCACAAAUUCAGAACGCAAAAUUCACGAACCUAUUCAUGGAGAAGAUCGGCCAUAUCGUUGUGAACGAUGUCCUCAAUCAUUCAGACAUAAGACAAGCUUUAAUCGCCACGUUAAAAAUGUACAUUUUGGCAUCAAACCGACAAAAGGCGCAUCGGUUCAGGUAGGGAGUGCUACCAAAAAUGGGAAAGUGAGACGAAACAAAACGAUGGUGUUUUCCGAAAACCCCAGUUUCGACGACGAGAAAAAUUUUUGUAUCACGUGCAAUGUUGAAUUCGCCACCAGCGUCAGUCUUAGUACUCAUAAGUUACUGCAUCAGAGUAUGAUCCUGAGAAAACAAGCCAAAUUUUCUUGUAGAUUUUGCUCGAGACAAUUUAAAUCAGACUUAGAAUUGAGAGGGCAUAUUGCAAUGUGCCAUGGAGAAGAGGUCCAGAAAUCCUCGCAAGACGAUCCAGUGAACUCGACUUGAGGAUCCAUCUACCCGAAAAGGAUACCGAAGAAGCUGCUGCUGGUCCAGAUGAACCUCCACAUUUCUAUGUAAAUAUUGCGACAUGCUGUUUGGUAAAAAAUCACAUUUAGCAUCACAUAAAAAACCUACGCCAAUAAAUCAAAUUAUAAAUGCAAAGAAUGCGGAGAAUUAUGUAACGAUCACCGGGAAUUGUGACGACAUAUGAUUGACCAACAUGAGGUGUGCGAUUUUCUGUGCAGGAUCUGUGGAAAGGAUUUAACAGAGAUUUCCUUUUUAAAGGCGCUUAUGAAGUAUACGACUUGCGGUGAAGAAAUGACUCAGGAGUGCUGAAAAUUUAAGGUCGGAUUCAUUAACGUUCGAAAUUAUAUGGAUUGUGGUGAAAUAUCUUAAUCCUAGCUCAAAUUUUCAAUAAACAAUUUAAAAA